UGAGCAAAGGUAAGAUUAUUAAUUUUCAUUUUGAAGGUGAAGAGGCUACAAAUAAUGAUGCAUAACAUAAUUGUUGACCACGAACACCCAAGUCUUUAACAACUCGUGACUCAAGCCCUAAUACAGCCCAUUAAAAAUUUCAUGCGACCUACAAGCUUCUUGGUUCUUAUACCGACUCACUCAAUAACUUGAAUCAAAUAAUGAACCGGUUCAACCAUCAGGCCUCCACGGCUCCACUACACUAUUCAAAUACUCGUACCAAAAAAAUACGAAAUCUUCUUGAAGAACACAAAAUUCAUUUCAAUUGCAAAAAAAAUGUCGACAAAUUUCUCAACACUUAGUCACCAAAAACUAACAGAGUUAUCUCAACCAAUUCAAGAACUACUUUCAACAACUCCUUACAAUCCCCCUGAAUCCCACGAUGUCUCCAUCAAAUCUCUCCUUCAAUCCCUUCUUCCUUCCAAAACCUCCAUUUCCACCAACAUUUUUCCUCAGAUUAGGGAUUUCUCUCUCCUCUGUGCAUUGCUAUCUUCUUCAUACACUUCAACUUCACCUCUUCUAAGCUGGAUUCCUCAACAUCUCACUAUUGCGGCGAAUUCGGCUAUUCGAGCUCUUUCGGAAGCUGUUUAUGGCGAUUCUGACCCGAAUUUGAGGUUUGAGAAGAGAUUGAUUGUUGAAUUGAUACCGGAGGUGGUCCCUUUGAUUAAGGAAACGAUUAAGGAGAGUUCCAUUGGUGGUGAUGAAAUUUCUGCGGCGUCUUCUAGAGUUCCUACUGCGUACGCCAUUGUUGCUGCUUAUCAGCUUAGAUGGUUUGUCUCACAGGUUGAGUAUCCAGAAUUAGGGAAAUUAUGUGGUUUUAUUUUUCCAUGUGGGCUUACAGCUCUUGAUCACUGGUCUUCUGAAGUGAAAGGUCAAGGAAUGAUCAGCUUCAUACAUGUAGCAAAAAAUGUCAAUACUGCUGAUCUUGGUGGAUAUGGAGAUGUGAUUCUGGAUGCAUGCUGUCACAAUAUUGUUUCGGAUGAUGAGAUAUGGCACCUUGCUGUUGAGAUGUCAGUACGUUUUGUGACCUGUUUGCAGAGGAAUAACCCUCGUAGCCCUUGGUUUGAGAGGCUUUUAAAUGAGAUGCUAGGUCAUUUGGAGCGCCAACCUAGGGACAAGAAGCGCCGUAUUGCAUGGCUGAAACUUGUUGAACCACUCUUCUGCUGUGUUGGUCUUGUUCUGCUAGCUCACUUCAGACGUUUGUUUCCCCUUUUCUUCCAAUGGGUGCAUGCUGAUGACGAUGAAACUGUUCUGUUGGCUCUUGAAAGGAUCCACACUGUUGUGAAAUUGACAUGGAUAAGGAGCAGUCCACACACUAUAAGGUUAGUGGAUGAACUAGCAGUUCUAUACAAGGAGGCUGCUUUGAAAACUGCCCGAGAUGAGAUAAGAACACGUAUUUUUCAGAUAUUGAUUCUACUUCAGCAAUCCAAAGGGCUGCAGUUUGAAGCAACUUGGGAGAAGUACAAGGAUGACCCAAACUUAGGGACUCUUGUUCAGUCCAUUGCUGCAAAUGCUACCUCAGUUGUCCAAUGAACACUAUGGUGAUCGUAAAUGCAGCACAACAUUUGAGACUUGAAGACUCGAAUAGAUUUGAUAUGCAUUCCCUUGCACUACCAAGGGCAGCCCAACACUUGAGAGGAGUCAGACAUUGAUAUUGGAGGCUUUGGAUAGGUUAGCACUUGAGUCACCCGGGUUUCGCAAUAUAAAAAGGCUGCUGAUUAUAUAGGAGAUUAGGAGGACAUCGUUCUGGAAUCAGGAUCAUGCUAUAUGUUAGUCUCACUUUAGUAUCAUCUCCAUGUCGGCAUGUACUAAAUAUUCAGCUUUUUUUUCUUUUUCUUUGGAGAGGUGUUUAUUAGCCAAGUCAAAAUGAUCUUAAAGAUAGUCAACAUGAUCUUAAAGAUAUAGUCAACAUGAUCCAAUGUCUAUAUUUGUAUACCUAAGCACGAAGGUGUACCCAAGUAUGGACAUUUUGGUGUAUAAUACCAAAAGGCAUAACCAAUCAUGAAUUGAUACGAUUCAUAUUUGAUCUUUAUUUAGUGUAUAUGAACAUAGAAAGCUAAUCUUAAAUAUGAGGUUUUGUCUUUUAUUUUA